AUGUCCUCGGAACCUCAGGAGGUCAUACCAUUCAGUCGAAGCGACGUUUUCAUACGAUGUUCUACGUCAAAGGGCCAGGCAUGCCAGGCAUGUCAAUGUAUGGGAUUAUCGGAAAUAGACGAACAAAUUCUGCGAUUACCAGAUCGGAUAUCUGACUUGAAGGCUCGACGUCGAGAGUUAAAGAACAAGAUCAAUCACCAACACGACCCUCUCUUCCGAAAUCUCCCUCCUGAGAUCGUCUCGCAGGUGUUUGCGGAAUACGUCGAGCAGGCCAACUUCGAGUUCGAAUCCCAAUUCGAUAUCUCGUCCAAGAGAGGGUGGGCUCCUCCUUUCCUCCUUUCCUCGGUUUGCCAACUGUGGAGACUCCGCGCAAUUCAAACUCCUGAAAUAUGGACGACAAUUAACAUCCACCUUAAAUCCCGCAACGUUCCGCUCCGUGUCACUCUAGCCCAGCAGCUCGUCGAUUACUCGCACCAGCUCCCGCUUUCCAUCAAUAUCUUCUCCAACGAAUACGUGCAAGGACACUCGGAUUUGCUGGAUAUUCUCAUCCGAUGCGCCGCCCGUUGGAAACACUUGGCCCUUUCAGUGCCCUCGAGAUGGUAUCAGUACUUUUCCAAUCAUGUAGGCGCCGCACCUCCUCAACUCCAGUCUCUUCGGCUGCAUCCCUGCAAAAGUGAACCCAGGAUCGACCAUGUUUUCGACAUGCCACAUACGCCGUCCCUGACUUUCCUCGAUAUAUCUCAGAUCCGCUUCAAAGACAUCCGAAUUCAAUUCCAGAAUCUCACCCAUCUAACACUAUACCAGAUCCCCAUACACUCUUUUCUAAAGAUCCUUGAAUGUUCACCUCUUUUGACGACCUGCAUCGCCAGGAGAAUCUGUGACUCCGACGGAUGGGACGACACACCGUUGUGUUCGCCAGUUCACCUCUCUCUCACCGAUCUUCACUUCCAUCCUGAUUGUUCUGCAGUCCUCUAUUCCUUCUUUAAACAGGCGACCCUUCCAUUUUUGCAAAAGUUCACUUACGACGGUACCUUCUAUCCCGAUUCAGACCCCGACUUGGCCGCAUGUCGCCUCUUCUUCACCCGUUCACAAUGCAAAUUGACACAUUUCACCCUCACCAAUGCGAAACUCAGUGGAAUUGCCACACUCUUACAAUUACUCCUCGACCAGCCAACUAUUACGCAUCUCUCCCUUCAAUUUCCCCUCGACUACAAAUGUCCCUCAAUAACAACAUUCUUCUACUAUCUCGCAGGGUCAGAUGACGCUCCUCAGACAGCCUUCCUCCCUGCCCUCCAAGAGUUAUGCCUCCAAUCUCAGUGGAACUUCUCUUGGAAUCUCCUUCCUGACAUAUUUCCCGCCAAUCCGUCGCGAUCUCCUAGUUCUUCCAGAGUAGUUUCUGGGCACCCGAGCCAAGUAAACAUCACUCGACCGUUGCGUACCGUCAAGCUCUGUCUCUUUGUUCCAUUCAUCGACACGUUUAUUACCCGAUCAGCACUUCGUCGUAUCGUCUUAAUAUGCCGUCGGGGCUUCAAUUUGCGUAUCGUAAAUCAGCAUGGAAUUGAUCUAAUCGAGGAGGGCCUGGAGAAAUAUGCAUCAGAAGUCUCAGGUUGGGGAUUGGAUGUGGAUGUGGAUGUGGAUGAUGAGGACGAGACACAUCAGAGGUACGUAUCAUGGGAUCUAUGCUCUGGAUCACAUCGUGAAUAA